UAUAUCCGUCCGUGCCUAGCGUAGGCCCUCCGCAGCUGCGGUAAAUGCGUUCCGGCGUGGUCUAGUGGCUAGGAUAUCUGGCUUUCACCCAGAAGGCCCGGGUUCGAUUCCCGGCGUCGGAAGAGUUUCGGUCUCAUGGUGUAAUGGUCAGCACUCUGGACUUUGAAUCCAGCGAUCCGAGUUCGAGUCUCGCAAUUCCACGGGAACACCGAGGCGUGCCUCGCCAGGUUGGACUAAAGCACGCGUUUUGGAAAGGACUGGUCUUUUUCUGCGAAGCGGCGUUAUGGCGGCCUCGCGCAAGGGAAAGCAGGUCACCAAUCGCCCGCCAAUAACGGGCACGCCUUCCGAAACACUGACGUCAACUGAAGCUGUUCGCGGGCUUCGCCUCUGCAGUCUUCACAAAUGGGCGAACUUCAAAGGCUACGGUUUCGAGGUAAAAUCCGCCGAGAAGGGCCACGGAUUCGUCAUCACCAAAGUCGACAUCAAGAGCCCCGCAGAUCUGGGCGGCUUGCGGAACGACGACAGGCUCAUUGAGGUCAACGGCACUUCGGUGGAUGGCAAGACGUACCAGGACGUACUCGGCCACAUCAAAGAGGACCCGACCAAGGUGGAGCUGCUGGUCAUCGACCUUGAGACGGACCAGGAGUUUAGGAAACGCCAUGAGGUUCCGAGCAGAAAGUCGCCCAGAUUGGUGCGCAAAACAGCGCCCGCCGAGAUGCCGCGUCCGACCACUGCCCGCGAGCACAAGCCAGUGGAUGCCCACAAGGCGCCCUCCGUGCCCAGCGGCAAAGUUAUAGUAAUCGAGGAGACGUCUAGCGGCGGCAUUACGCCCGACGAGGUCGGAAAUUUAAGGAAAAAGGCCAACCCCGUCAAACCGAAGGCGUCCGCCAAGAGUGUCGGCAAAGCCAAGGCCGCCGAGGUGUCCAAGGCCGAGGCUGAGCUGCUGCAGAAGGUCUUGCGAGCCCGAGCGGCUGAGAGCGCCGAGGCCGACUUGGGCAAAGCCGGGGACGACACCGAUCUGGAACCGACCGAACGAUUCGAGCCCGCCGAGGACGCCAACCCUCAGAGUUCGCUCGAACGCCGCGACAACAAUGCAUUCUUAGUAUCGGCGAAUUCGACAUCCGCAUUCCCGUCUCCGCAACCGUACCCCUCGCCAGAACUCAGUUACUACGGUGGAUUCCCAGAUGGCGCACCGACCGACUCGGCCGGCUAUUACUGGACCGGCGACCAGUACCCGUGGGCUCCUCCCUCAUCGCCCAUGUAUGCGCCGCAGUUUAGCGUGCCUUCGUCGCCGUCGUACGCGCCGUCCGCCUACCCGAUGUCGCCGUACAACGCGCUGUCUCCAAUGUCCGGCGCUGGUGGCUACAUGCCGUACUCGCUUCCGGGAUCGCCGUACUGGUCGCCGCCGAUGAUGCCGCCAAUGGUGUCGUACCAGACACCCUACGGGCCGCUAAUGCCGAUGCCAAAUUUCUACGGCUACCAGUACGUGCCGCCGAGCUAUCCCGACGUCUCGUUCUACUCGGCCCCUUACCCGAGGUACCCACCGUUCCCCUACGCUGGCGGCCCCAGCCCGUACGAGGAACAGGCUGAAGAGGGCGGCACCGCUGAUGCUUCGACGCAUCAGGCAGUCUCUUCUUAUCCCAGCCGACGGAGAGAAGCAAAGCCGCGUAAGGAGAAGCCGCAGGCGAAAGCCAAGGCUAAAGAAUCACACUCUCCUGGCCCACAGGAUCAAAAGCCGGACAAAGGGCCAUGACGUGGGGAGCUCUUAGUGCCGUCUAUACUGUUCUUUCAAAGCCGUCGUAUAUGCCGUUCUUGCGACUUUGCUGCAUUACUUUUUAUAGGAGAUAGUAUUAAGAUCGGCGCCAAAAUGAGAGUGACAUAGAGCCGCUUCCUUGCGCAGGGAUGCAUGGCUCCAUUUUGUGUGAACCGAAUAUACGUUGCACUUUUGCGACGUAGACGGUGCAGGUGUUCGGCGUUUCGUGGUCGUGUCUCGUCGUCUCAACUCUCUCGCAAGCGCUAUUCACUGUGCUGUCUCCAACCAAGACAUAAAGACGAGUCGACGCUUUAGCGUGACCGGUAAAACGCGUCUGCGGUCGAGCUGGCCCUCAAGAACUGCGAGGGUAAUAGAAUUAUGUAGUAGCUUUGUAAUAUAAUACAUGAAGGUGCUUCGAAUUGCAUGUUAAAUAUCCAUGGCAAUUUCCACCGGGGAGAUAAUGAAUAUUGCAUGCAAAGCAAAAUUUUACUCGUAGACGAAAAAUGCUGGCGCAAAAAUGAUGACGCUCUCAAGUGCCUUGCGAGAGCCAAAUUUCAUGUCCAAAGCGAUUUCAAAAAUUGUAUAGGCGAUGACGGCAGGGCAAUUUGUAUAAGGCCGUGGCUAUACGAAUUUCACGAUAUAACAUUAAAGCGAGCCAUUACCAGGACGUACGAGCCGUCAUCAUCUUUGUCUUUUCUAAAAAGGCAAUGAACAUUAUAUAACAACGUAUAAUAGAUCACGACGUGCUCCCAAAACGAUGGUCUCUGUGUUUCUGUGUGAUUAAGCCUUAAUGCCAAAAGUUCUGCAUGCCAUGUGUGCUCAAUUACAUGUUUGAUGUGACGC